AUGGCUAGACUCCCGAGCCCACCACCAUACGAAGCAGACUCCUCACAAUUGAGCGACGAGAUCUCCGAACCGAGUCUCGUGAUAGCAGAAGACGGAUCGGCAUCUUCCUCCUCCCCCGAACCACUGACCACAGAUGAAAGUCUGACCGAAGGUGAAAGCCUUUCCAGUGUUGCGUAUCAGGUGCCGGGCGACGACCAAGAUUCCACAGGCGAUGUGACUGUGCCAGCAGCGGCUUUGAAGGCAAUGGAAGAGACCAUGAAGCAGGCUCUAGCAAGCGUCGCAACACUGAAAGAGAGACGCAGCAAAGCCGAUGCUGAAUUGAUUCAACUGAAACAAAGACUGACGGAUGUAGCUGCGGACAUGGAGAAGGUUUUCGACGAGAAGCGUUACACUACCACCGCAGAGUUCGAACAUGAAGUCUGCAAGACAUUCCAGGAGCUCGCGGCUGAGUACAACACCGUGGUUGCAGAUAUGAAUGAUGAGGAUGCCCAAGAGCGUGUUAAGGUCAAGAAGAUCAUGGACUUGAUGGGUGGCAUUUUCUCCAGUUUGGUUGCGGUGUUUCGGGGUUAA